AAUAAGAACUCACACAUAAAAGUUCCCAUGAAAUUCAUUUUUCUAUAUUCUAACUGUUUCUCUGUUCCCUGAGUACAGCAGACAUUCCUGAUUAUGAAGCUGUAGCUUAUUCCAGUCAACACACUUUAAUUUAUCUAUAUAUUUCUACACAGCACGGGAAAUUAUGGCCACUAUUAUAUUACCACAUAAUUUUAUUGGUACAAUAGUCGUGUACACGUGCGUUAAAAUUAGGUGAUAACAUCGAAGCUUUUCUCUAAUUACUUUAAAUAUAUUCAACUCACACAGUUUUCCUGAGACUUUCGUGAAAAGAAGUUAAAUAUGAUGUGUUUUGCGCUUCUUAUGAUUUUGCUUGUAUCGUUUCCAUAUUGUAUAAAUUGUGCUAAUAUCCUAGUAUUGGAAACUGUUCCAUCUCCAAGUCAUCAUAUUUGGAUUAGAACCAUCACAACAGCUCUGGCUGCGGCAGGACACAAUGUGACAUCCUUAUCGCCAGAUAUUGAAGAGGAAACACCGGAAAAUCUUCAUUAUUUGCAUCUGGAUAAGGUUUACGACGUGAUAUACAAUCCAGAGGACGAGGAUUUCAUCAUGUCACCAAACUUUCUGACGUGGGGAGCAUUAAAUUCGUAUUUGCAAAUGGUAAUAAUCCACAUGUCUCCAGAAUUUAUAUUAAAAGGAUGCCUGAAAUCAACAGGAUUUCACCAACUUCUUGCCUAUCCAGAUGAUUUUAAGUUCGAUUUGGUGAUAUAUGACUUAUUUGUAAUGGGAAUAAUGCUUCCAUUCGUCCAGAAAUUCAACAAUCCCCCACUCAUAACGUUGUCAAUUGUUCCUUCAAUUCAAAUUAUCUCACAAAUUUUUGGUGGUUCACUCCAAUCAGCAUACGUACCACAUUUGCUUAACGAAAAUACAGAUUUAAGCACAUUUCGUGCACGAAUCAACAACUUCUUAAUAGCUCAUCUAGAUUACUUUUGGCUAGAAUAUUUUAUUGUGCCUAGACUCAACAAACUGUUAAAAAAGGGCUUCCACAGGGAUGUUGAUAUAAAAGAACUAAACAGACUUUCAAAAGUAGCUCUGAUGAACAAUCAUCCCGGAUUAGAUAAAAUUGAACAAGCCUUUCCAAAUGUUAUAUCAGUUGGUGGACUCCAGAUCCAGAGAAAUAGGACUCUCAAUAAGGAUCUUCAGGAAGUCAUGGACAAUGCCAAGAGUGGAGCGAUUCUCUUCUCUUUGGGAACUAAUGUGAAAAGUGAAAUGCUUGGAGAUGCUCGACAAAUAGAGAUUCUGGAAGCAUUCAGAGCUCUUCCUCAAUACACAUUUAUUUGGAAAUUUGAGGCUGAUUCUCUACCAGUGGAAGUUCCUUCAAAUGUUGUAAUCAAGAAAUUUGUGCCUCAAAAUGAUCUUUUGGCUCAUCCAAACAUGAAGCUUUUCAUCAGCCAUUGCGGCCUUCUCAGCACACAGGAAUCGGUUUGGUAUGGCGUUCCAAUUCUUGGACUUCCGGUUUUCGGUGAUAAUUGGCUAAUUAUGAAGUUGAGUAUAAAAACUGGAGUGGCAGAACAAGGCGAUUUAAGGAAUAUCGAAAGGAAUGCCUUUAAGAAAUUGAUUGAGAAGAUGAUAAAUGAUCCAAAAUAUAACGAAAAUGCAAAGAUUCGCUCGAAAAUCUUCAGGGAUCAGAAGGAAACGCCUCUGGAAAGAGCGAUUUGGUGGAUUGAAUACGUUCUCAGACAUCCCAAUAUGACUCAUAUGAGAUCACAAUCGAUGGACUACAAUAUUGCUCAAAGACAAUCCUGGGAUGUUUUGGCAUUUCUGUACACCGUCUUUCUCGUCACAGUGCUGAUCCUCGUGAAGAUGUGCUGCUGCGUCUGUCGGUCAUGUGUCAAGGAAAAACUUAAAAUUAAAAAGGAUUAAAAUUGUGACAGGGGGUAAACAUGUGCCACCCUGAAUAAACCCGGAUUGCGCUAAAAGAUUGUGGAUUUCGUUUGGGAUUGCGAUUAUACACUAGAAAUCGCGGAUUGUGCUUGAGAUUGCGAAGAUUGAAUUCUCAGUGAACCGUGAUCGCGCCACAUGUUAACCCUUUGAUUUGUAAUAUAUUUUGUACUUUCAACUCUAAUAAAACGAUGUUCUGAACUUAUAUUCCACUUUUUUUCAGUCUCAGUAUCUGUGUAACUCCUGAAAAUGUUGUCGUCAUGUUGUAAUUUUUGAAGAUACAUACAUUGUAUACAAAAUUAUAUAGCAAGUUGUCUAAAUAUAGC